CUGUCGAAUGCUCCAUUCAUUUCAACGGGGCUCCCCAACGUUCGGACGUCUGUUAUUUUUCGAUAACGGACGGGUUGGGCUAUAACAGACCGCUGUCAAUGGCAACAAGACUUUUCACUGCUAAAGCGACUUUUCAACAAGACUCUAAUCAGCUGCUGUGAUAGACAGCACCCGUUGUCCUGGCUACCGCUGUCAAUGGCAACAAGACGUUCACUGCUAAAGCCACUGGCUUGUAUACAAGUCAGUGGCUAAAGCGAAUGUUUCAUAUCACUCCGCGGGGGGUCCGGUCUUUUGUCACUCUAAUCAGCUGCUGUGAUAGACAACACCUGUUGCUGCUUGACACUAGUCGGCCUAGUUUCACACCAGUCGUGCGUAGCUGCUAUCUCUAGCCUACAAUGGAUUUGAAUGAGCUGAAAAGAAAAAUGGAGGAGGAGGACACCUGCGCCAAAAGGCACAAGAUGUUGAAUGAAGCCGAAGUACAAAAAAUUGAGGAGGAACGACACGAGUUAAGCACCAAAAGAAGCACUACGUGGGCAACGUCAGUGUUCAACGACUGGCUGAAGGAGACGGGUAGGCCUAGCACUACAGAAUAUGGCGCUGAACAGUUAAAUGGACUGCUUCGUUCGUUUUAUCCUUCCGUUCAGACGACAAAAGGUCAGCCUUAUUCCAUCGCUAGUUACCUGUCACUGAGAGCGGGCAUAGCUCGCAAUUUCCAAGAGUUCAACAUCCUAACAAACGAAACGUUUAAGAGCAGCAAUGACGUAUUUAAGUCCAUAAUCAAAAAGUUGAGAAAGGACGGCAAAGACAUCAGCCAACAUCAUCCUGCAAUAUCUCCCCCAGACCUGCAGCUCCUCAGAACAACGGGGAUACUCUCACCUGAUACUGCCCAUGGCCUUGUCCGCAAAGUAUGGUUCGACGUUCAGCUCCAUCUAGCCAGGAGAGGAAGGGAGGGCAACCGGGGUUUAACCAAAGAUUCGUUUGUCAUACAAAAAGAUGAAAAUGGAAACGACUACGUGUCACUGGCAUUCAACGCCGAUACAAAAAACCACAAGGACGCAAAAGACCCCUCAAAAUCAAAUUACCGUGGCUUCAUCUUUGCGGAACCAGACAAUCCCGCCUGUCCCGUCAAGAGCUUCAAGAAAUAUCUGUCUCUCUGCCCCCCCGAUGCCAAGGCGUUUUAUCUACAUCCCCUAAAAAAGGACCAGCAUAUCCUCAAUCAACAACCAAUAUGGUACUCUAGAGAGCCAAUGGGUAGUAAUUACCUCGGGCAACUUUUGCCACAAAUAAGUCAGGCAGCAGGGCUUUCUCAGAGAUACACGAACCACAGCCUUCGCAGCACAGCUGUCCACCUCCUCUCCCAGGCUGGUUUGGAGGCUAGAGAAAUCAUGUCCGUGACUGGACACAGAAGUGAGUCGAGUCUGAGGAGUUAUUGGACCCCAUCCCUCACGGAGAGAGAAAAGUGGAGCAGGGUACUCUCUUCGGACAACGCAGGCAAGCCAUCUGCCUCCCCUGCUGACAAUGGUCAGAACAUUCACGAUGACAAUGGACAGAACAUCCACAUACAUGGGCCGAAGGAAGGACCUUUCUCGCUGUCCCACUUCACUAUCAGUGGUGGAAAUGUGCAAUUCAAUGUGCACUAUCACUGAGGCGGCUCCGGUGUUCCACAACGGCACUAUUUUGUGUUGCGCAGCAACAAUCUUUUGACAUGAAAAAUGAUGAUUAACUUAACAUUAAAUAAAGAAAUGUCCCCGCCAUGUGUGAAUCAUUUAAGUAUAUCCAUAUAAUAAGCGGGUUAACUUUCGGCGAGUCGGUCGCUUUG